AGAAGACAGAGAACAGAAAACAAUAAGCUUGUUACGAGCUUAUUAGAUCUCAAAAAAUUUUGAGAAGCAAUUAGAAAGUUUUUCAAUUAAACUUUUUAAAGAUGCCGAUUUACAGAGUCGCUAUCGGUGCACCACGAGAGCUGAGCCACCCGUCAGCCAUAAGGGCAGCACUUGCAGAAUUCUUCUCCAUGGUUAUUUUCGUUUUUGCAGGAGAAGGAUCCGGCAUGGCUUUCGAUAAGCUGACAAACAAUGGAUCAAGCACACCAGCCGGAUUGGUGGCUGCAUCAUUGGCUCAUGCAUUUGCACUUUUCGUGGCGGUUUCUGUGGGCGCAAAUAUUUCCGGUGGCCAUGUGAACCCAGCAGUCACUUUUGGUGCAUUCUUGGGAGGAAACAUAACUUUUUUCAGAAGCAUUUUGUAUUGGAUUGCUCAGUUGCUUGGCUCAGUCGUGGCUUGCUUGUUGCUUAAGUUUGCAACAGGUAAUAUGGAAACUGCAGCAUUUGGCCUAUCAUCUGGAGUCUCACCGAUGAACGCACUUGUCUUCGAAAUUGUCAUGACUUUCGGCCUGGUCUACACUGUAUAUGCCACCGCAGUGGAUCCCAAGAAAGGAAAUCUGGGAACCAUAGCACCAAUUGCAAUUGGUUUCAUUGUUGGUGCCAACAUUUUGGCUGGUGGUGCCUUUGAUGGAGCCUCAAUGAACCCUGCCGUCUCCUUUGGCCCUGCUGUGGUUAGCUGGACAUGGACUCACCACUGGGUCUACUGGGUCGGUCCCUUCAUUGGUGCUGCCAUUGCUGCCAUAGUUUAUGACAAUAUCUUCAUUGGAAAUGACUCCCACGAGCCUCUUCCCACCAAUGAUUUUUAAGCAUUUUAAUCACUAUUCAACAUUUCUCUUUGUUUUUUGUUAAUGGAGAGAAUCUAUGUUUAUGAUCAUAAGGGUUGGAGUAAUAUAUUUGGAUUCUGUUUCUUGUUGUGGUAAGUGUGUGUAUCAGGAAGUUAUUGGCUAUGUCUUAUUGUUUUUAUCAGUGAAAAUUUCAUCCUUUUGUUUAUUAUGAAA